GACACCAUUUUGUUCAAUGUCUCCCGGCUGCGGCGUUUCGUCAAAAUAACGUCGUUUCCUUCACUCGCUGCUUCGUAUCUGAGCGUUAAAGGGAGUCUUUGUCGUAUUCCGUGUGCUGGUCUUGGUGAUGGACGGAGAGGGGGAAGAGUUCACGCCCGGGAACCAGUCCGAUGAUGGAGGUGGGACCCCGGUUCAGGAUGAACACCUGGCUUCAGAUGGAGAGGAGGAGAUGAGGAGUGACAAACACUCUGAGGAAGAGGGCAGUGAUGGUGAGGAGGAUUCCCACCCCAUGGACACCAAUAGGACAGCCAGCGGCUCUGAUGACGAGGUCCACCGAGGGCCCAACAGCGACUCUGAGGUAGAGGCCCCUGAUGGCCGUCAUGACGACCUCAGCAACAACCAAAAAGACAGUGAGUCUGAACCAGAGGCCCCGAGGCCUGCAGACAGCGAGGACGAUGACUCACCAGUCAAACAAACGGGAAGCCCCUGUGACACUGAGGAGCAGAAAGAAGAGAGCUCUCCUGCCAAGCGUCGGGGGAGCAGUUCUGACCUGGAGGAGGGAGGGGUCAACUCAGAGAAGGAGGGGGUUGAGGCAAUGGAGGGAUUGGGGGUCAGGCGGUCAGAACCAGACAGUGACUCUGACACAGAGACGGCUGCCAAACGCACAACGCCACAGAUAGACUCUGAGGAAGAGGAUGCAGAGAAGCGUGAGGGGGAGGGAGUAAAGUGGAAGGCUGUCAUGCAAUCGGAUAGUGAGGAAGAAGAUGGAGAGAGGAGGAAUGCUCCAGCAGGAAGUGAGGGAGAGCCGGGCGAGGGACAAGGGCAGAGGGCAGGAGAUGACAGCGAUGAUGAAGAUGAUAAACCAGUGAAGAGGAAGGCGGCCUUGCUGUCAGACAGUGAGGAUGAGGAGAAAGCUGACAAACCAGUGGUGAAGAGGAGCCGGGCGGUGUCAGACGACGAGAACUCAGACAGUGACGGCGACUCUUUUGGGCCUGACAAAAAGAUGGCUGCCAAACUAAGAGAGUUGGGCUCUGACAGCGAAGAGGAGGAGGACAGGAUGAAGGAUACAUCUGGGAAGAGAGAUGAGAAGACGCUAUUCGGCAGUGACAGUGACUCCGGGGAUGAUGAGGAAGAGAAAAUGAUCGCUGACAUCUUCGGAGAGUCCGGAGACGAGGAGGAGGAGGAGUUCACAGGCUUUAACCAAGAGGAGCUGGAAGGAGAUAAAAUGGAGUUCAAGCAGGAGAAGGCGCAGGCAGAGGAAGACUCUGACUCUGAUGAAGGAAUUGACAGGAGCGGAAAAGACACCAGUUUCAUGUCAGAUUUUGACAUAAUGUUGGCUCGGAAAAAGGCCCAGAGCGGCAGGAGGAGACGGAACCGAGACGGGGGAACAUUUAUCAGUGACGCUGACGAUGUGGUCAGCGCCAUGAUCACCAAGAUGAACGAAGCUGCAGAGGAGGACCGGACUCUUAACAGCCAGAAGAAACCAGCUCUGAAAAAACUGACUCUCCUCCCUACAGUUGUAAUGCACCUGAAAAAACAGGACCUGAAGGAGACAUUUAUUGACAGUGGGGUGAUGUCGGCUAUUAAGGAGUGGAUUAGCCCCCUGCCAGACAAGAGCCUCCCCGCCCUGCGGAUUCGAGAGGAACUGCUCAGGAUCCUACAAGAGCUCCCCAGUGUGAGUCAGGAGACACUGAAACACAGCGGGAUUGGGCGAGCCGUCAUGUUCCUGUACAAACACCCCAAAGAAUCCCGAUCCAACAAAGACCUGGCGCUGAAACUCAUCAAUGAGUGGUCAAGGCCCAUCUUUGGCCUGACGUCCAACUAUAAAGGAAUGACCAGGGAGGAGAGGCAGCAGAGAGACCUGGACCAACAGAUGCCCCAGAGAAGACGGCUAAGCUCAGGGGGUCAGACGCCUCGUAGAGACUUGGAGAAGCAGCUGACCGGAGAAGAAAAAGCCCUGCGACCCGGUGACCCAGGGUUCUGUGCUCGGGCCCGGGUCCCCAUGCCCUCCAACAAAGACUAUGUGGUUCGGCCCAAGUGGAACGUAGAGGUGGAGUCCAACAGGGGUCCUGUGAAGAAGGGUCUCUCUCGGGUGGACAAACAGAUGCGACGUUUUGCGGACAUCCGGCGUCUCACCAAGACGGGUCACGCUGUGAAGAUCAGCGUGGAGGGGAACCGCAUGCCUCUUUAGUUUUAACUGGUUUAUCACUCUGUUUUCUGCUUUGUUUGGGUUCCUAUAUAUCCUCAUAUAUCUAUAUAUAUAUCUAUAUAUAUCUAUAUAUGUAUAUAGAGAUAGAUAGAUAUGUAAAAUCCAGUUAGUCAAGUACAUUUUCUAUGAGACAGUACAAGCCUGUUUCAUGCUAUAAGCAAUCAUCAGCUGAUUGCUUGAUUGGUUACAUCACACACACACACACACAUAUAUAUAUAUAUAUAUGUGUGUGUGUGUGAUGUUUUUAUGAUUAUUUUUUUCUCUGCUCUCACAUAAGCCCAGGAUUCCCUCUCCUGGCCUCCUCAGGUCCAGAACUGGCCUGGACUUGGUUCAAGUUCAGUCCAGUCCUCAGAAUGUACAUAGACACCACAGAUGGUUCUGUGUGUAAUUAAGUUUACCGUCAGCAACCUUUUUACCCACCCGGCGUAUUUGUCAGUAGGACGAACUGAACCGUAACGCUGCCGGCCGGUAGUAUGAACUCCGACGUUUGGCAGGGUGACGUUUCUUCCUCCAACUUCACUUUUUGGCCCUUUUCUGUUUCUGAAGUGAAACAGGAAGUAGUCUGUAGGACAGGGUUGACGGGUUCACUUCUUAUUCUUCAGCCGUCUAGACUGCUGGUCUGAGAGCGGGUGGAGCACGUUGAUUUAGACUCAUGUGGUGUGAACCUAGUCUUGUCUGCACUGUUCUGGAUCACAUGACAUGACUUUUCAUAAUAAAGAGCAUUGUACUCGCCA